AUGUCUGUAUCUAUCAAGUAAAAUAAAUCUAUUAGGAAUUUUAAUGAGACCUUUUGGCUUAAGAUUAGAGAUGAGUUGCGCAUAUAUGUUAUCCAAGACAAGAGACCUAAAAAGAUAUUAAAAUUAUACGAAUUGGGAGAAGAAGAUGUGUGCGUUGAUAGAAAAAAAAUCAGAUAAUGGAGUGAAUAAGCAGAAAUACUUAUUAACGAAAUAAUGGAAAAUGGCUAUGCUGAUUUUAUUUGCAAUAGAGAACAUAUUUUGGAAGUUUUUAAAAAUAUUAAUUUUAUAAAUUUGCAAAUCAACGAAAUGGAUGAAGAAUUACUUAAAUUUCCAAAUUUAGAAAUAUUAAAUCUCAAUAAAAACAUAAUUAAGACUGUUGAAAACAUCCCAAAGAGUCUCAAAGAAUUGCAUUUGUUUUCUAACCAUAUAACUGAAAUAAGCACAAGAUUGAAAACAGCAAAUAAUCUCCUUUAUUUAGGUCUAGGAUACAAUUAAAUGAAAGACAAUGCUAUUGUAAGUAUUAGUCGCUACUUUCCUUAACUUGUGGCUUUAGAUAUUUCAAAUAAUUUUUUUGAAGAUAUAGAACUAGUUUUAGAAAAUGUUGAAAAAUUUUAAAAUCUCAAGCUUUUUAAUUGUCAUGGUAAUCCCAUAUGUUUGUUGUCCAACUAUAAGAAAAGCUUUGUAUAUGCAAUUCCUGACUUAGAAAUUAUAGAUAACAAGCGUAUAACACCAAAUGAUAGACAAGUCACUACAGAUAAUUAAAAGAAUCUUAAUUCAAAUGGAGUCAAUAACUAAACUGAAUAUCUACAGGAAGCAAAAUAUGAUAGUCAGAAACCGACAGUAAAUGAUCUGUAAUCAAUUUAUAAUCACCCUAACCAUUCAUUUAAAUUGAGAAUAGCCAUUAAUACUCUUGAAAAUAUCCCAGAAGGAAUUAUUUUAGAUAAAUCUUAAUAUCCUAAGUUUGAGGAAAAGCCUGAAAGUUUCUAGACAUGCUAUUAUACUAAAAUAGAGUUGGACGCUUUUGAAGAUCCAAGCUAAAAUUUAAUAGAUUCUCGCCCAAAAGUUAUUGAAAGAUUGCAUAAAGUUAGAGAAUAAAAAGUAAAAGAGAGACUUGAAUAUAUUAAAAAGCAAGAAGAUGAAUUAAAAAAGUAGCAAGAGUUAUAGGCUUAGCAAGCACUCCAAGCAGCAUAGCAGCAAGCAGGUAAAAAAGGAGCAGCAAAAGCACCAGCUCCUUCUAAAAAGGAUGCAAAAGAUGCUGGAAAAAUAGACAUUCCACCUGAAAUACCCCCUGUUAAUCCUAAUUUGGAAGGUCGUGCACUCUCAGAAGACAUUUGCAAAGACGAUGAUAUUUUCCGUGUUGAUAUGUAAAUUGACUUCGAUGUAGUUUUACCAGUUAGUGCUAGAGUAAGAAAUUUCUUCAGAAAAGGCAUGAUUGUUAAGUUGUUUAAAAGUGAGCCAAUUAUGGUGCCAGUUGCUGAAGGAGAUGACGAAAAAUAACCUUAAAUAAAUUAAGAAACAGGAUUUCCUGUUCUCUAAGAAGUUCUUAUUGGUGUAUUUAAAAUAGAUUUAGAGUAAUUCUUGAAUGAUGGCACUCUCCCUCGUAUCAGCCAAUUCAAAUACCCAAUCUUCUAUGACAAUGUAUUGAAAGUACCAGAAUUCUUUUAUCCAUUUGAAGAUGAGUAAAAGCUAAUACAAAAAAACAACGACAUCAUUAAAGAAUUGCUAAAAAAGCAGGAAGAUGCUGAAAAACCACCAGAGCCUGAAGUAGUUGAUCCAAAAAAGAAAGACCCUAAAAAGAAAGAAGUAAAAAAAGUUGACAAAAAACCUCCUCCUAAAAAGGGAGCAAAAGAAGAAGAAGUCAAAAAAGUAGUCCCUUUAUCAACAUUCUCUUCUCAUAAUAGAUAGUACAUUUUUGUAGAUAAAGAAAACAUUUACUUACCAUUAAGAAAGCUCUAAAUAUCCAGUCUUGUACAAAUCUAUUGA